AUCGAAACCGGUGUUGGGGUCCACGUGUCAUUCGCUGGCAUUUAAUGCAUUGAAUGACUGCAUGACUGCUCUCUGCAGUGCAUUCACUGUGAGACCAAUCAAUGCCAACACAAACACUGCAUUCAAACAACACAUCAUUUCAUAUGUUUUCACCGAAACAGCACUCAAUUGAAUCAAUUGCCUGAUUGUGUCUUCAUUAUCGUUAUAUCGCAGCAAUGGUUAAGGUUUUGUUGAUCUCUGCCUUUUGUCUCGCACUGAAUGUGCUUGUUUUGGCCGAAGAGGAAGCGGUAACUGCGGCCAGACUUCUCAUAGAGAAGCAGAUCCUCAACAAGUAUUUGGUGGAGAAUCGAGACAUUGUUGUCAACUAUAAUAUCUUUAACGUCGGACAGAGUCCCGCCAUCGAUGUCCACAUAACGGAUAACAGCUUUUCGAGCGAACACUUCGAUGUGAUGAGUGGUGUCUUGAAGGUGACGAUCGCCAGACUCGGACCCGGAUCCAAUAUAACGCACACAUCAGUGGUUCGGCCAAAGGCUGGCAUUUGGGGCCGAUUUAACUUCACUGCCGGAGAAGUGACUUAUUUGGUGAGCGAAGACUCCAAAGACAUCCAAUUGGGCUAUACCUCAGAACCCGGCGAAGGAUUCAUUGUCUCAUUGAAGGAGUUUGACCGCAGAUUCUCUCCUCAUGUGUUGGAUUGGGCGGCAUUCGCCAUCAUGACUUUGCCUUCACUUCUGUUCCCAUUCCUCCUGUGGUACAGAAGUAAAAGCAAAUACGAGUCGAUAGUGUCAUCAAAACAGGCCAACAAAAAGCAUUAGAAUAUAAUUUUAUUGCAAAUUAGAAUAAAAACAAAUUUUUAUUUUAAAA